GCAUCUUCCAUUAGAGCCAAGCCAACAAAGAGAAAUACGUCUUCGGGGAUCAAACUUCCACCAUGUCCUAAUAAUCGGAUUCCGAUGCUAACCGCAAAUCCCUCAGAAAAGGUAUACGCUACAAUUUAAAUCCAUAGUCUGAUUCAUAUUAGGAAGGGAACAUUUUACAGACACAGGCUGUAAACCUGAGAUUUUUUUUUACAUUGUCAUUUUCUUGAUAUAUAUAUUUUUUUUUAGUUUAUUGUGGAUGUCAUUCUCCAACAAAGUAUAAAUUAUUUUUAAAAAAAUCACAUUAAUAUGUACAUUUUACAUAUGUUCUGUAAUCUACAUUAACUGAAUUUCUAUUUGUUUAGGUGGAUUUCAUUAGAGCACCCCCAGCAGAACAAUUUGUGGAUGUUCCUUCUGGAGUGAAAUUUCCAGUGUGUCCUAAACAACCUGUCCAGUUCUGUACCACCAAGCUCUCAGAAAAGGUAUUUAAUACUAAUCCAGACUAGUAAGCAGAUAUUUUCAAGACAAUUGAAAUAGGGCUACGGAUUGAUAUGAAGGGUUGUAUAUUUAAUGCCAAGCCAUGGAAUGAUUAAUUAAAGUAAGCAUUAAAAGAUUUUAUAAAUUAGUAUCUCACAUCAAUCAUUAGUUCUAUUGUAGAUUAUUAACUCUUCUACCAUAUAACAAAAUAGCUGAAGUGGAUAAGCAUUAGUCUACUAUGUUUAACCUACUAUGUUUAACCUUUCAAACAAUCCCCAAUUAUUUCAUAUAUUGGUUGUUUUAUGCUAGUGAGUGUUCUUCAGAAUAGGUUUACAGAAUGAGUGCACAAAUGUUUUAUGUUAUAAUGUUUUUGCAGCUUUUUAAGCCAAGUCCAUCAUUUGACCUUGAGGAUCCAUAUUGUCAUUUGAUGAGGACAACCUACAAUAACCUGCAUGACCCAUACUUAAAAGAAUAUUACCAGAGUAAAGUACCCCGACAACGGAUCCGUCAGCAGGGAUUUAUCACCAGUGAUGAUAAG